CGCUGUCAACUCGUAAUUGCGAUAUUUCCCACAGUAGUCGAGGGCGCUGAAGUAUCGCUGCACUUCCUAUGACCAUAUUUGGGUGAGCAUUGGUUGAGCGUGAGCUCAGGAAAAGCAUUUCGAAGGACUAAAAUGAGCUUUUGUCUGCCGUGUAUCACAAGAAAAUUACCCAAACGUUGUUUUCACAUAAGUUGACUGCGUCACGUUUCCAGAAGAGAACAGCUUCCUGCUGCAGCGACCGAGGCUCUAAUCCACAGGAACUCUGACACACGCAGCAGCAAAAACAUUUCACACUGGAAAACUGUCAGCAGACACAGUGAAACAUCAUGACGACGCUGCUGGACCUGAAGAGCAGUGUGCUGCGGCAGGUGCAGAGGAGCCAGUCGUUGCGGAGCCGGAGGGAACCGCCUCCCACCGCCAGCAGCCCCCUCACACACUGUCCCGACCCCUUACCACGCAGGAUUUCCGAGGAGAGCGUGGAGUUCUUUGAGCGUAUGAAUGCCAUCCUUCAGAAACAGGAGAACAUGCUGCGGGCCGCUCAAGCUGAGUGCCAACGAGGGGCCUGCACAGUGCCGCCACCCCAAGAGCAUGUGGACCAGGCCUUUAUCCCCGACAGAAUCAGCAGGACAGAGCUGGACCUGCUUUAUGAGGAAGCUGUGUACACGGUGGUCAACAGGGUCGGAGUGCCUUCACCGGAGCAAGUGAAAAGUGACGAAGAGCUGUUUGCAUACCUGCUAAAGGUGUUUGACAUGGGCGAAGAGGAGCAUGACAUCAUUCUACAAAAGGUUCAGGAAUCCAAGCGAGCCAGUUUUUCCUUGAGAGUUUCUGUAAUGAAAGCAAAGAGUCUGAUGGCCAAGGAUGCAAAUGGGUACAGCGACCCCUACUGCAUGCUGGGAAUCCUGGUGGGACAGAGCCCCCGGGAGAUGGAGGAGAAGAAGGAGAGAAAGUUCAGCUUCAGGAAGAGGAAGGAGAAGCUGGAGAAACGCUCCAGCACCAAGGAGGUGUUACCCGCCCGGUGCAUCCAGGUGACCGAGGUCAAACCGGAGACUCUCAACCCGGUGUGGGACCAGCACUUUGUGUUUGAAAUCGAUGACGUCCACAACGACCUCUUACAUCUGGACAUAUGGGAUCAUGACGAUGAUGUGUCUGUUGCUGAGGCCUGCAAGAAGCUCAAUGAAGUCAGUGGACUACGAGGAAUGGGCAGGUAUUUCAAGCAGAUAGCGAAGUCAGUGCGCUCCAACGGAUCUGCAUCAUCAGGCUCCGAGGAGAACGCUGAUGACUUCCUCGGAUGCAUCAACAUCCCUCUGAACGAGAUUCCUGUCGCCGGCUACGACACCUGGUUCAAGCUGGAGCCUCGAUCCAGUGCGUCUAAAGUUCAGGGAGAAUGUCACCUGAUACUGAAGCUCUUCACCAGCCAGAGAGACACACCAUUGUCCAGGAAGGACUCAAAUGUCUCCAUUCACAAGAAACUGCUGAGUCAGAUUGUGGAGUAUGAGCACGCUCAUGUUAAGCGAGAGCCCUACAACUGGAACGGGCAGGUUUGUCCUCCGGCGUGGACAGUGUUAACUCACCAUGCUGUGCAAACCGAUCUCUCCCCUCUCCAACAGGCCAUUCUUCGCUGGCAGUGCUACAGCAGCCACCAUCGGACCCAGAGGGUGUGCUACUCCCUGCUGAUACGCCUCCUGAGGACCAUCGAUGCAGAGUGGGACCCCCCCGCCGUGAGGGGAGACCUGGAGAGGCAGCUGUCAGACAGCUUCAGGCUGUACACAGAGCACUGCCUGUGCCUGAUGAAGAACAUGCGUCAGGUUUUCCCCUGCACCAGCGCCGCUGCCAUUACACGCUACGAGCUCAUGCUGAGGGGGAUUGGCUACAUGCAAAACAUGCGGGCCUUUAAGACUGUAUGUCCUCUUCGAAAUGAACUGCAUCUGGACAUCACUACUGCUGUCAAGAAAGGAUCAGCAGAGUGGUAUGAGAGCUUAAUUGCACGAUAUAAACCAGAGGAGGGGACUCUGGAGGAGCAGCUGAAGAAGCUGGUUCAGGUGGUGGAUGCCGUGUGUGCAGACGUACAGAGAGCCCAGAACAUCUACAACAAGCUCUUCUACAGUGCUGUGAAAGUGGAUUUCUUCAGCAUAUCAUACAGGCAGCUGGAGAAGCAGGUAGCUGAUGAUGUGAAUGUAGCGAUGGAGCGGGUGUGCGGCACUCUGGAGCAGGAGAGCUCCAGACUGACUCAGACAAUGGGGGAGACCAUCUUUGAACUCUUCAUGUCCUUGAAAAUCCUCAAAGGCUUUCGAGAGUUUCUUCCACUCAAGGAUGCUAAAAUGUUGGCCUUAACAGGCUUUCAUAACUGGUUCAAGUCCUCCAUUCAUAAGUGGCUGCAGAUCGUGCACGACAGAUCAUGUGACCGGAUCCGUAAAGCAGUGGAGACAGACAAGCUGGAGCCGGUGCAGCUGGCCAAACACAGCUCCUCGGCGGUGGAAGUGACAACGUGCUUCACCCAGGUACGCGAGAUCUGGCUGCAGCUGGCCUGGCCAGACUCUGCGGGAGCCUUCAUCUUCGUCACUCGUUUGACAGACAAUUUCUGCAGCGAGGCUGUGUGUUACUCCGAGAUGAUAACACGCAAGAUUGAGAGGAACCAGCUGGGCCGAGACCACAAGAGCUUCACAGUGCAGCUGUGCAUCGCCCUGAACAACGCAGAGCACGUGCGCGUUUUCCUGGGUCACCUGCCACAUGACCUGGACUGGCAAGGCGUGGAGCGGGCCAUGGCGGAGUCCUGCGGGGUGGAGGGGAAGGAGCAGGUUUACAAGGCUCUCAACGGCCAGCUGUUCAACAUGGACCUGGACCUGCAGAGAGAAGCCAAACGUCUCAUCGCGCUGCUCACUGACAAGAUGCUGCCCGAGCUGCGGAGGUACAUCCAGCACAUCAGCCUGUCUCCAGACUCCAUCAACAACGACGACGCUGUGUCCCCUCUCAUGAAGUACUUACAAGACACUAUGGUCAUCCUCACUGAAAACCUCGUAAAGGAGAACCUGACUAGAGCUCUCCAAAGCAUGUGGGAGCUGCUUCUGCGGAUGAUCCUGGACUCGGUCACAGAAAACAGAGGCGUUCAGGUGGAGUUUUACAACCGCUUCAAGUACACGGUGGAGACCGUACUGCAGUUCUUCCAUGCUGGGGGAGAGGGUCUUUCACUGGAAGACAUGAAGAGUGGAGACUACAAGGCCCUGGAUGAGGAGCUCAGGCUGAAUAAGUGUUCCUCCUUUGAGCUGAUUGAACAAUACUAUCUGGAGAAGAUUUCCCACCAGAAAACACUCAAACACACCCGUUACGGUCGGAUCAGCGUGAAGUGCUACUACGACGCUCCAGAGCAGAGACUGACGGUGGAGAUUCUGCACGCCGCAGAUAUCAUUGCACUGGAUGCCAAUGGUCUCAGUGACCCAUUUGUCAUAGUAGAGCUCUGUCCUCAUCACCUCUUCCCUAUGGCCAAGAGCCAACGCACACAAGUGAAGCUUAAGACCCUGCACCCAGUAUUUGAUGAACUCUUUUACUUCCACGUGAGCCCUGAACAGUACAGACACAGGUUUGCCUGUUUGACCUUCACUGUGAUGGACUACGACUGGCUUUCCACCAACGACUUCGCCGGUGAAGCCGUAGCUCCUCUCAGCGACUUCUGCUGGCCAGGGAGACCGAACGCCUCAGCGGCCGGCAAGAGUGUCCAGCCAGUCAUUCUGCACCUGUCUCGCAGUAAACCCAGUGAGAAGCCAAUCAUGAGGAUGCUGGACGCUCGCAUCGGAGACAGGGAGGCUCAGGAGUUUGUCCGCAGGCUGAAGGAGAUUGAGAAGUCGAUGGAGGAGGAGUAAAAGCUGUCAGCGCUGCCUGUAUCGGUGUUUUCUGACCACGUCUCGCAACAUGUGCUUUUGUACUGGUACGAUGUUUACAAAUAUUUGAAUUUUCUUUUUUUUUUUCCAAUGUUAAUGAUUGUUCAGUAAUUACACCAAAAUGAAAAGAAAAAAAAAAAAAAGGAAAAGCAGAGCGUAUUACUGUUUUCCAACUGGGAAAUGAACAUCCUGUCACUGUGCAACCCUCAGUUAAACUAUAUUUUAGAACUUAAUGGAUAGUUGAUCCUAAAUGUUACUAGUCUAUAUUUUUUGUAAUGAGGUAAUGUUAUCUUUGUUGUAUGAUCUUUAAUAUGAUAGAUUUAACAUUUUAGAACUAUUUUGUGGAAGUAGCUUACAUAUCCAGUAGUAUUCAGUCAAAGUCUAAAUCUAUACCUCAGAUAUGCUCAUUAGUUGCAGGGGGGGGUUUAACUAGUAUCGAGACUUUCACAUUCUUCAGCGACAUUGUGGAGAUGAGAUGCAUGAAAGCUUAUUUAGGAUGUGAAAGCAUGAGCUCACGUUGAUUUUCCAAAUCAUGUAGUCGCUUACCAACGAACAGCUAGGAAUAAAAGUAAGGGAAUCAUGAAGAAACAACACAUAGCUUUGGGGAAUUGCACUUUUCUGAGACUUGGUGUUUUAAGGCCAGUCAGACCCAUCAGCAGCAGGGAAGCCUAACACUCCCCUGAGGCACAGCUCGGGUUCAUUGGACUUUUCAGAUUGCUCUCCACGAAGCUCAUGAUGGGUCACUGAGGAGGCCAAAGGCAGUGUGGUGGGAAGACCAGCUCUUUUAACUCAGUUCUUUUUCUCUGUGUGACACCAAUGAAUCAACACCUCUGCAAAAAUGUAUGUGACAGCUCACAUUUGUUUAUUCCUUUAAAUCAGCCUUAAUUGAUGCUGUUUGAUGCAACAACUAAUUAAUAAGAAAAAAAAAACCUUAUACUGUUGCAGCAACACAAUAAAAUUAUUUUGAUUUGAAACUAUUCUAAAAAGUAGCCAGCAAAGCUAUUUAGCUCUUUUGUUUUAAUCUUACUAUAUAUUAUAAUUUUUUUAAUAAUAUAUAUGCUGAAUAUGAUAUUUUAAACAACAGCCCAACUAAAGAGGAUUAACAGAUUUGAAAUUUUGAUUUGACAAAUUGAUUAUUUAUAAAGAUUAAGUAAUACUGAAUUUGUUAAAUGACUAAUUUUGUUUCUUGCUUCUACUCUGCUGGUAACAUAAUAUUAAAAAUGAUUUAUAUUUUAAUGGUUAUGAGGAUACACCAGGAGACACUGAUGCCUGAUAAUUAAAAGGGAGAAAAUACACCAUGACAUCUCCAAAAGAUAACACAGUGUGUGGCACUGUGGCUCACGUCCAGAUGGUAGAGCUUCAAAAACAUUUAUUCGGAGAAACCCAGCUAAUUGCAGCUAAUGAGCUCAUGUAGCGUUCAGAGAGUUCUGGAAACAGCCAUCCAAGAUGGCAAAAGCCUUUGUUAAUACAAUUUUAAAUCGAUGCAGGCUCAUCGCAGGCAAAAAUUUGAGAUUGUGUCUCAGUGUGGGGUUUAAUCUCUUGAGGUAAAGAGAAAGGAAGUGUAAUGAACCUGUGCAGUGGAAUAAUUAUACUCACGGGGACAGGCAAGAUCAGCCUGCCUGCAGAAGCACUCAUUGGCCUUGCAGGCACAAUACCGGCUCUCACCAGUCCUCUGAAGCUAUGUGUCUGUGACUGAAAGGUUAAGAUUUUAGUGUUAAAUACAAAAACACAACUGGGAAUCUUGUUGAGGACACAAAAAUGAAAACUCAAAAAAGUACAAAUUCUGUCUAAUGGAGUUCCCCAUAUUUAAAUCUUAUAGUAGCAGUAACUUAGCAAGCUAAUAUUGUUGUAGCAAGUCUAUAGGUCAUGUUUCCUAGUGAGAGUUUGAAUUAAACUAGGAGAAGGCUUAAAUCCAGAAUAGGUAUUAUGUUUAAAAAACAAGACUUUUUGAAACAAUUUUACAUUUUGAAAUCUCGGACUAACGAGCUGAAUUUCAAUCACCUGUGUCAGUCCUCCAGUGAGCAGCACACAGCUCUCAAUAACGAGGUUAAUAUCAAACACCUGUCUUAGUUGUUGGAGCUCAACACUCCCAUAAUAUAAACCCCCCACAUUUUCUUGUGUCUACACUGACUGACCAUUAACCUGACCUGCCAAGCAAGAGGUUUGAUUUAAGUUUUAGUCCCUUUAGUCCUGGAGGAACUUUAAUCUUCCUUCAGGGAAUCAGUUCACUUAAUAGACUGAGUUAAAUGCAGGAUUAUUCCAAACCAUGUCUGUGAGAGCCAGCAGCCUGGUUUAAAAUGCCACAUAAGUCUUAAAUCCUAUCUAGGAAACUGGCCCUUUCCGUCGAAAAUGUAGCUUAAAGUUUACAAUUGGUAAACGUGCAGUCAGUUUUUGAGUUUCUGCUAGCAUUCACAAAAAAAAAAAAAAAAAGAAGAAUGGCAGUUUUAUUUAUUUUAAAAGACACAGGAUCACAAAGUAGUAAAAGAUGUGUAGAGAUAACAAUAGAGAUAAAACACUGUAGCAAGUAUUGAAAACUUAGCACCAAAAUCUUCGCACCGACAGCAUUUUGAUAGUGAUGUAUCUUUACAGUAGCUGCUUGUGUAGUGCUUUGUCGUUAUACCCUGUGGAGUUGUGAGGGUGAAGCACGCAAAAAAACAUAUCUAUGCCUGGAGAGUGUGCUGCAUUACAGGGAUUGUUCAGGUGUUCGAGAAGCCUGCCUUACCUAGACAGGAGCGAGGAAUCCUCUCAGUCCAUCUGAGCCGCCUUUAUGUUUAGUAUUGUUUUUAAGAUAUUGAAGGCAGAAUUUGUUUGUUAGUAUUGUUACUGACAAAUCACCCUCCAUCCUUUUUAUGUUAACAACAUAAUACGAGUUAUCAUAUAGAAAGACAGAACUUCUUCUUCUUCAUUUUCAGUGUUGAGAUUAUUUUAAAACCAGAUGUUCUGGCCAGAUGUUUACAAAGAAAAAUGCAACCUCACUUUGAGUGUUAACAAUCAUUAUAUAGUCAGAUAAAGCUCAUUAUGUAAUACAAUCUAUAAUAGGUCACAAUACGGAAGUAAUUUACAUCUUUCUAACUGCGUGGGGAGUUAGAUAAUAUUUAACAGGGACACUUUUAAAUGUCACUUUCCAGAUUCUGUAUGUAAGGAAAGCACACCCAUUAAAUGCGAUUGUAUGUGUUCACUCACAGUAUUCUAGAUGUGCUUAUGUUGCACACAGACAGGCAAUCUGGUCAGUAUUAGUUGAGUAAAUUCAUUUAUUUUUGUGAUUUUUCAAAUUCAAAGAAAGUAUUUCAGUCUUCAAAUGUUCAGUGAAUUGUAUUAUCGUAGUAUCCAUGUCCUACAAAAUGCAUUUCAUAAAAUGGCUAUAAUGAAAAAAGGUAAAGGUCUUAAUAUCUAGUUUGGAAAACGUGGCAAAAGACAUCAGACUGUGAAUUAAAAGAAUAUCAUCAAAACUUAGUUUCAUGAAUGUCUGUGCUGACAUGGACAUGUUUUAUGAAUAUAGAAGUAUUGUUAACUGAGUAUUUGGUUUGUGGUCUGCCGGCCAAAUUUAAACACAACAGCUGUUGAAAUGUAUCUUCAAGAGGCAAACAUCUUCAAUUUGUUAUUGUAAAAGUGAAUUAUUUGUCCUUGAAUUGUAAAUGCCCGUGUUGCUGUUUAUUGGAUUAUAACUUUGGGAGAUGUCUAUGACCUUGAAUAAAGAUUGUAUGUAAAUUUGAA